AUGGCGCCGUUGACAAAUCGUCGUCGUGCGCGUCGCAAGGAAAUUCAACUGCAGGAAACAUCCGAUGCAGAGAUGCCUGACUCGUCACCUACUCGUCCGUCCGCUAAGAAGCGCAAGAUUUCCAACGAUUCUCUUCGAACCGCCGUCAAACAAGAACAGGAAUCCGCCGAUGAAGCUGAGGACUCCGGGGCAGAGGACCUCCACCUCGUCAUCUCAUAUCUGAGUGCCCCACCUGAGGAGCUGCGCGUUGCGCAAGACCACUCCAACGAUAAGACACAAAAUCAGCACACUAUCACAGCAUACGCCAAGAUCGCUGGUCGCGGCUGGACUUAUUACGUCAAAUCAUCACAUAUCAACAUCGGACGAGAGCCGGAUCGUGAGUCGAAAAAUCAUGAACAAUCCAGCCCCAUAGCCGUGGCGGCUCGUGCACUGCCUGAAGUGGACCUGGACUUGGGACCCAGUAAGUUUGUUUCUCGUCUGCAUGCUGAGAUCUUCUACGGCCGCAAUGAUGAGACACCUGCUUGGCAUGUUCGAGUGAAUGGCCGCAACGGAGUGCGUCUGAACAACAUGAUUCUCAAGCGCGGUGGCGACGCAGUUCUUCGCUGUGGAGAUAUUAUCGAAAUCGCCAAUAGUCAAAUGGUCUUCCUCACUCCCUGCGACGAACCCAGCAUACACCCCACCUUCAUUGAACGCGCAAAGCGUAUCGCUCGCGGAGACGAACCGGACCCGGUUACCACCGCUUGGGACCAUUCACAGCAUGCCCAUCCCCAGAAUUCACAGGCAACUGAGCCGCGCCCCUCUUCGUCUGGUGGACCUUCACUGGCGCCGGCUCCUAACUUUCUUAAACAGCGCAAUGUCACCCCGCCACCUCGCUCUCCUGAUACCGUCGGUGCACGUACGUCUAAGCAGUCACCGCUUUACAACCGCGGUAUGAUGAUGGAAAGCACAGAGGAGAUCGACUAUAGCCUGGAUGCCAACAAGGAUCUCAAGCCCCCCUACAGCUAUGCUGUGAUGAUCACCCAGGCUAUCUUCUCCAACGAGGAGGAGAAACUCACUUUGAACAGCAUUUACAGUUGGAUUAUGGCACGUUACGCCUUUUAUCGUCAUUCAACCAGCGGCUGGCAGAAUUCGAUCCGUCACAAUCUGUCCUUGAACAAGGCAUUCGUCAAGGUUCCUCGCCGCACGGAUGAACCUGGAAAGGGCAUGAAAUGGAUGAUUGCUCCCGAGUCCCGCGACGAAUUUCUCAAGAAGCAAACUCGCCGGGGUUGUCACCACUCCUCUGCACCAUCCUCGCCUGCAACCAAGGAACCCCCUUCCUCGGCCCGCCAUGUUCACAUUGCACCCUUGAACACCUCAUUCACGGCUGCUGCCCGCAAGUCUCCCCCUGUCUCAUCGCCUGGCUUCAGCUCAUUCCCUGUAGCUCCUGUAGAAGCAUACACUCCUGAGCGUGGCUCCCGGCUCGGUCGUGGCGUUGGCUCGGACCACCCGUUGCGCCAUAUGGAUCCCCAGGAUUAUGAAGAACCGUCCCCUCUUCCGGCCCGCACUCACAGCAACGUUAGUUCGGCCAAGGCACAGAACAGCACCAACAACCUCAGCCGCGCCUACGGUCUGUCAGACAACAUUCAAGGCUCACCUCCGACUAUCUCAUCGUCCUAUUACGACGAUGGUCCCACAUCAAUGAUCACUCCCGCCCCGCGCCGCCAGCAGCCUCGUCUUCCACCUCCAAGCACUGCUCAGAUCCCCUCAAAGUUUAUGCCGAUGAGCUCCCCAGCCCAAUUCUGGAAGUUUGCCGACAUAGGUAGCACCCCUGCGCGCCCCAUCCCGGACAUGAGUCCUCUCAAGCGCGAAGCUGAUGACCGCCUGAAUGGAGGUUGCAUGAGUAGCAGCCCGCCCCCGCCCAACCUAGUCAGCCCUAGCAAGCCGGGAACGUUGAACGGUCUCAACCCCAGCCGUAAACUGCCUCCAUUGCAAUCCCCCCAGUCUCUUCCUCAUUCCCAGUCUGACCGCGGAAACACCUCGACCAGCGUGGCUAAGAAUGACGAGGAACCGGAGCAUGAUGGAGGUGAAGGGUUUGAUCUGGCUCGGGGUUUCCAACCUAUUGGCUCAUACCACCAGCAGUUGAGCAAUGCUGCUCGCGCAGCCGCCACUUAG